UAUGAAUGAAAAAUGGCAGAAAAGAGGGCAUAUAGGAGAGGCCCAGCAAAGCCUUGGAGCACCAGAAAAGUGGUCAUGCUGAAAGCUGACAGAAAAAAGUUUGAUGCAUCUCCAGAACUGAGCCCGUUCUCAGCUUUGUUGCAAUCCAGAGAAAAGAAAAAAAAAUCUGCUGCUGAUUGUGAUGGAAGCUAUACAGAUACAGUGCCCAUACCUAGCAAAUCUCUUUGUGAAGAAGAGAAAAUUGUGGAAAGCAAAGAGGAGAGUGUUGAUGAAGCUGAAGAAGAUGAAAAACAAGGAGGGAACGAAGAUACUGAAGUAGAGAAUGCAGAGGAGGAAGGACUUAAAGAUGCAUUUGAUGAUAAUUUUUUAAUCAAAGCUUGCUCGGUUGUAGCUUUAACUAAAUUAAAAUCUCUUAACCUCUCAGUGAUACAAGAAGAGGAGGGCAUUUUACCUGGUGAAACUAUGACCCCUAUAUCAUCUACUCCGAUAAACAGGAAAAGGUUUGUGCUUAUAAUACAGUAAUAACAAAUUGAACUGACUUUGCACUGACUUUUUGCAGUGUAGUAUAGCUAUUAAAAGGUGUAAAUAAAACCAUACGGUGAGCUAGUGUGAACACAGCUGUAGUUUGCAGCAUUUUAUUAAGUAUCUAUGCUUGUAGGUUUGCAUUUUCCCGGGUGAAUGGGCGGGUAGCUGGAAAUGAAGGAUAAAUGCGUGGGUGACUUUUGCGGGCUAGGCAAAAUGGCAUAAAAGCGUUUAGCUUCUACAAAACUUGUAAAAA